CGCGGCGUUCUGAUUGGCUGCUGAGGCAUCUGGCCAUCGCUCAGCACGGGUCGGCCGAGCGGCGCGCCUCUGCAGUGCUCUCCGGUGGGCUUUAAGAAGGGCCGCAGGUGGCUGGGGUCGCCGCAGAGGUCGCCGCGGCAGUCAUGACCGAGGGCACGUGUCUGCGUCGCAGAGGGGGACCCUAUAAGACACCGCCCGCCACCGACCUCAGCCGCUGGCGACUCAGCAAUGAGAGGGGAAGGCAGGUGUGGACGUAUUUUCAAGAGGAUGAGCCUGGCCGGGGGCAGACUGCGCUGGAAGCUCACUCCUUGGGACUGGACACCGGGAGUUACUUUAAAGACCUGCCCAAAGCCCGCACAGCGCGCGAGGGGGCUCUGCAUGGGAUGAUAUUUUACAUGGGGCUGCAGGCUGAGGACGGCCACUGGGCGGGUGAUUACGGUGGGCCGCUCUUCCUCCUGCCAGGCCUCCUGAUCGUGUGCCACGUGGCACGUAUCCCUCUGCCGGCUGGGUACAGAGAAGAGAUUACGCGGUACCUGUGGUCUGUGCAGCUCCCGGAUGGCGGCUGGGGCCUGCACGUCGAGGACAAGUCCACAGUGUUUGGGACCGCACUCAACUACGUGUCCCUGCGAAUCCUGGGCAUCGGGCCCGACCAUCCUGACCUGGUCCGUGCCCGGAACCUUCUGCACAAGAAAGGUGGAGCUGUGGCCAUCCCCUCCUGGGGGAAGUUCUGGUUGGCGACCCUGAAUGUUUACAGCUGGGAAGGUCUCAACACGCUCAUACCAGAGAUGUGGCUGUUUCCUGCCUGGGUGCCCGCGCACCCCUCCACACUGUGGUGCCACUGCCGGCAGGUCUACCUGCCCAUGAGCUACUGCUAUGCCACCAGGCUGAGCGCCCAGGAAGACCCACUCAUCCAGAGCCUGCGCCAGGAGCUGUACGUGGAGGACUACAGCAGCAUCGACUGGCCGGCCCAGAGGGCCAACGUGGCCCCUGACGAUCUGUAUACACCGCCCAGCUGGCUGCUCCGCGUGGUGUUCGCCUUGUGCAACCUGUACGAGCGCCACCACAGCACCAGCCUGCGGCAGUGGGCUGUCCAGAGACUGUACGAGCACAUCGUGGCCGAUGACCGCUUCUCCAAGUGUAUCAGCAUUGGUCCGAUCUCGAAAACUAUCAACAUGCUUGUGCGCUGGCGUGUGGACGGGCCAGCCUCCGACCCUUUCAAGGAACACGUGUCCAGGAUUCCCGAUUACCUGUGGCUGGGCCUGGAUGGCAUGAAGAUGCAGGGCACCAAUGGCUCACAGGUCUGGGACACCUCGUUUGCCAUCCAGGCUCUGCUGGAGGCUGGUGCACAGCACAGACCCGAGUUCUCGUCUGGCCUGCAGAAGGCGCAUGAGUUCCUGCGGAUCUCACAGGUCACAGACAACAUGCCCGACUACCAGAAGUACUACCGCCAGAUGAGGAAGGGCGGCUUCCCCUUCAGCACCGCGGACUGUGGCUGGAUCGUCUCCGACUGCACGGCGGAGGCUUUGAAGUCCGUCCUCCUCGUGCAGGAGAAGUGUCCUUUCGUCACCACACACGUCCCGCCAGAGCGGCUCUUCGAUGCCGUCAAUGUGUUGCUGAACAUGAGAAACUCCGAUGGGGGGUUUGCCACCUAUGAGACCAAGCGUGGGGGGUACCUGCUGGAGCUGCUAAAUCCCUCGGAGGUCUUCGGGGACAUCAUGAUAGACUACACGUACGUGGAGUGCACCUCGGCCGUGAUGCAGGCACUGCAGCAUUUCCACGUGCAGUUCCCGGAGCACAGGCCCCAGGAGAUCAGGGAGACUCUCAAGCGGGCCCUGGAGUUCUGUCGGCAGAAGCAGAGGCCUGAUGGCUCCUGGGAGGGCUCCUGGGGUGUUUGCUUCACCUACGGCACCUGGUUUGGGCUGGAAGCUUUCGCCUGCAUGGGGCACACUUACCGCAACGGGGCUGCCUGCGGGGAGGUGUCGAAGGCCUGCGACUUCCUGCUCUCCCGGCAGAUGGCGGACGGAGGCUGGGGGGAGGACUUCGAGUCCUGCGAGCAGCGGCGUUACGUGCAGAGUGCCCAGUCCCAGAUCCACAACACGUGCUGGGCCCUGAUGGGGCUGCUGGCCGUCAGGCAUCCCUGCGUGGAGGCGCUGGAGAGAGGAGUCCGGUGUCUGCUGAGCAAACAGCUCCCCAAUGGCGACUGGCCCCAGGAAAACAUCUCUGGCGUCUUCAACAAGACCUGUGCCAUCAGCUACACGAGCUACAGGAACGUCUUCCCCAUCUGGGCCCUCGGCCGCUUCUCCAACCUGCACCCCGACAGCGCCCUUGCGGGCCACCCGUGAGAGCAGGCCUGUGGGCGCCUGGUCGGGGGCUGGCGGGCCCAGGACCCCUGUACCCAUGCCCAACACUCCCCACUUCCAGAGUGAGUCCCAAGACCAAGCCUGGGCUGAGCCGGGUGGCUCUUUAGACACUUGAUCUUCAGCUUAAGUUUAGUUUUGAGAGAAGCUCAAUGGGUCUGGGUGAGGGAAGGAACAAGAUGAAUUGUGACAAUGCAGAGGGCACGGCAUGGUGUGUCCUCGCCAUGGGCAUUGGGCUGGCAGGGCUUCUCAGGAGAGGAGCUGUCCGCCCCUGCCCGGUGCUGGGCUCACCGCAGGCCGGCUCUUCCUGUGCCUUCUGUCCCUUGGGCUGAGGGACGUGUUGGCCUUCCCAAACAGCCCGGUGGGCAGAGGCCACCCAGGGCUCGGUGAGGAUCGGGAACCAGACAGGGCAUGCCGACCCUGCCCCUGAUAUCGUGUGCCCACGCUAUAUCACGGUGCUGCCAGUAUGUGGAUGCCAGCAUCCCCACCUCCAGUUUACAGCCUGUAAUGACAAAUGCUCAGGGAGACCAAGCAUGACAAAGGCUAACGGUGCGUUAGCAGCUUGGUGGUUACCACGGUGUGGCGCCACUGUGCACCCCAGGCUGUCACUCACCACCCCUGGGGCUCGUCAGGCAGGCGUGACCCCCAGCUCACCCUCAUGGCUGUCGAGACCCUCAUGCCCCCAUCUGCUCUGAGCUAGAGCGGGAGUGACUUCCAGGCGAUGACUUUUGGCAAGUUGUCCUCUGGUUCCUAAACCUGUCUGGUUUGUUGGGCAGGGCCUGGGGGCUCGGACUGGGGAGUCCGGGACGUAGGUUUGCCCUUGACCUGCAGACAGGCAGCUGUCAUGCUCAGGGCCCCCCAGGAGUAGCUGUGGAAUCACCAAGAGCUUUGAUGAGAACAAAGGCCAGAGGCCCCAGCCCACACCACUUCAGCCUGCCGUUCCUGUGUCCCGCCCCCUGCACCGGCGGCAGCCCCCGCUGUGUUCUGCCUGGACAGUGCAGGCCCAUCGGGUUGCCCUUCUGCCUCCGUCAUUCCCGGCCCAGAAGCCGGUAGGCCCCUUGCUGAGACUUUCCACAUGUGGCCUUCCUCCCACAGCCCUCGGGGCUCCUAGGCGCUCUCCAUUACUGCCCAGAGCUCGCUGCCUUCAGGGACCUCACCCGAGCUGGGCCCUCACCUGACGUCCUCCCGUCCCUUGGGUCACGCUCCUGCCUGCUCUCAGCCCCACAGGGCCGGCCCCCCUGGCCGCCACACUGGGGCACGGAGCAGGGUUCAGCCUGCUGCUCAGACAUUUUAUUGGGGUUUUUUUGGUGAAGGAACCGUGUUGGAUCCCUUUGAGAUCUGCCGGGUUUGUUCUUGCCUCUUAAAAAAAUUUGGAAUCCUUUUUUCUUUUUCAGUUACAGGUGACAUUCAAUAUCAUACUAGUUUCAGGUGACUAGCACAGUGGUGAGACAUUUAUGUUCCUUCCAACGUGUUCUCCCUGCUCAGUUCAGUCCCCGCCCGGCACCACGGGCAUCACAUCAUUGACUGUAUUCCAGUACUUCACUUUACAUCCAUGGCUGCUCCGUAACUGCCAACUGUACUUCUUCAUCCCUUCCCCUUCUCGCCCUGCCCCCAACGCCCUCCCGUCAGGCAACCAUCAGUUUCUUCUCUGUGUCUUUGAGUCUGGUUCUGUUUGUUCGUUUAUUUUGUGUUUUAGAUUCUACAUAUAAAUGACAGCAUACGGUAUUUAUCUGUGUCUGACUUAGAAGAUUUUGCAUAUUAUGCUGGGAAACUUCCUCUGGGGCCAUAGUAGGUUUUCUGUGUUCACCAUGAUGUAUUUCACACCCUUCCCUCUGAGGGACUUUCUAACUGGGAAUGUGUGACUCACAAUGAACUUCCCUCUAGGAAAAUUCUUUUCCUGACCAAACAGAAUCACUAGUGUUACACACACUUGCAUUUUACUCAGGCAAUAAAAAUGUUUGAAGAGCCA